AUGAAGACAAUUCUGCUGUGCGCUGUGAUCGUUUUGGGAGGUGUGUCAAGAAUGAGCAUGGCUGCUCACCAAAAUCACCCCUUUGGAGUUUCAUUUGAAAACGGUACAUGCACAUACCGAAAUAUAACGCUCAAGGAUGGACACUCUGAUAACUUUCAAUAUCCAUGUGAAUUUUGGACUUGCAAUGCUACUGCCAAAACACUAACUGUUGAAGGGUGCGGUGUGGCACGAUACGGAAGCUGCCGGUACGUGCACCAUCCUAGAUUCUACUGGCCGCAUUGCUGUCGCAUGACUCGUGUCUGCUAA